GAGCACGCGCCAUACUUUUGCGAGGCAGGGAAAUUAAGUGCCAAAGCACAUGGAGUGAUGGACACUGCUUUUAAAUUUUUGAGGUCUACAAGAAACAAUUGUACGACACUUUCGUUGUAAACUUACAAAAACACGAGCUUUCAUUUCCGGUCUUUUAUCCUCUGAGAAACAAUGACCAUCGAAUCCUUUCAAAGAUUUGUUGAGACCUUUUGCCCAAGUGCCUGUGUGCCGGUAGAUUUGGUGAAAAUAGCUAGAAAUGUGUUAUUGUCAAAUAUGGGUCCCCGAGUUGAUCAUGAUUUCAGAUAUCAACCACCCGAAAUUAUUCCCAGCCCUUUGUGUCUUGUCAUGGAUGGUGAAUGCUGUUUAGACAGACUUUAUGGUGGUUUUUUCGGUGACUGGGUGUGCGGUGGACAGUGGAAUCGGAUGGUCGAUUUUCUCAGGACAUUUUUCCAAGUAGUAAACAAACGCAAUAUUGAAAUAACCGUGUUCUUUAAUGGCGCGUUAGAGCCUCAUAGGAUGAAUAGUUGGAUAGAGAAACAGAAAACUGAGAAAGAAAAAAUAUCGCAAGUUCUAAGACAUGCAGUUUGUAAAGGUACUCCACCUCCUAAAGUUUGGUGGGUUGCUCCCAGCGCGUUACGCACCUGUCUUAGAAUUCUUUUGCGUCAUUUAAAAGUAAAUGUUGUUUUGACAACAACUGAUCAUCAUCAAGAAGUUAUGUCAUAUUUAAAGAAGUACAACUACCAUGGUUUAUUGGCAGACGAUCCAGAAUACAUUAUUUUUGAUCCACCAAGAUAUUUUUCAGCUGUUCAGCUCAAACUGACAUUUAAGGGAUGCUUAGAAACUAAAGAAUAUAUUUUGAAUGAAGUAACUCGGUGUUUGAAUCUUCAUCCAAGCAGAAUUUGCAUUGUCGCUGCUCUUCUAGGAAAUCACAUUAUUACUGAUACCGAUUUAGCGUCUUUCCAUCUUUCUUUAUGUCCUGACUCCAAAACAAAGAUUUCUCCUAAUACGUUGAUAAAAGCAGUUGUUGAUUAUGUUAGAAAUCUUCCUUCUGUUGAUGAUCUUAAUGAAGUUGCUUGGCAAGUGUUUGGGUCAGCUACUGAUGAAAGAUGUGAAAAAUUUAAACAAUGUGUGCUAUAUUACUGCCGCGGUAGCAGAAAUAUUGGUUCUCAUCUCUCAAAUACAUCAGCUACAUCAUCAUCAGGAAGUACAAAUCUUUUCUUUGAAUCAGAUGAUCAACAUAAUAUUCAAGCUACCCGGAAUGACAAACCUGAAAAAACGCCUCUCCUUCCUACACCUAGUAAUGUUCCUGCCCCUAAUGCUAUUUCCCAUUUCCAAGCAAGUGAACAAUGUUUGAAACCACCUCUUCUUGGUAAUUCAAAUGCUGAUUGUUCCAAAUUUGCAUCAGAGACAGAUGAAAAUGAGAUGUCUAGUCUACAAUCCAUACGACAAGUUUUAGGAAAAACUAAACGUGGAGCUUAUUAUCAUCUGCUUUCUAAUGAAGAUGAUUCAGAAUUUGAAGAUUACAAAUCUGCAGACGAAUUUGAUUCAAUAUCCAAUCACAAGGAUCAUUCCUUUAAAGUUGAGGACAGCACAGGACUUGAAUCUUCUUUUCAUGCAUUAUCAAUGGGACAAAAUAACAGUAAAGUUAAAACUAUUAGUUCAAAACCUGUUGUAGAUGUUCCUCCUUUACCAAAAGUGUCAGCUGAAGUCCUUCGUAUGGCUCGAGAAAGACAUCAAAAGGGUCUUAUGCAUCCAUACAUUUUCCAGAUAUUAUCACAGGGCGAAAUCAAAAUUCCUGUUACAUUUGAGGAUGAUUUUGGAAACGACCUCCCUACACCUAGUCGUGUGUACAGACCUUUGCGACAAAUGAUCUAUGCUCUUCUUUUUAAUCAUCACCACCUUCAGUAUUUGGUUGACCAGAAAAAGGAAAAAGAAGGCAUGGAAGAAACAUUGCCUGACAUUUUGAUAAAAGAAUGGGUUUGGUCUAAGGCUAACAAGUAUAACAAGCCUGAUGUAGUGCCUUCUAUGGCUUUGGGUUGGCCAGUACCUACUGUGACUCGUUUAUGGUUUGGUUCUGGCCCUGAUGAUAACAAGAAACGCUUACAAGCAUUCCUGACAUGCAUGCGAAGCAACACUCCUCAGAUGUGUGAUCCAAUCCUUGUUCCUCAGCAUAUGAUUAUACUUUGUUGUGUUUUGCGGUAUCUAAUCAGUUCUCCUGAAAUGCCAUUUAUACACAAACAUGAGUUGGAUGCUUUUCUUGUGCAGGCUGUUGAUCCUCAACUUAUGGACACUGAGCAUACCCAAAAAUUAGAAGUACCUCUCAUUACGCCUCGAGGAAUUAUGUUAGCUGCUAUAUUCAUGCAGGGUGUUGAACAUGCCCUUAUGGCUAAUGAUGCAUGUGGUGCUCCAAUUUCAUGGUUGAUGUGUUGUCCUUGGUUAUUUUUUGAUGGGAAGAUAUUUCACCGGAAAUUGCUCAAGGCAAAUGCUGCCAAGAAUCUCAUGGACCUCUGUGAUAAUCAUUAUGAAGAAGUACUUACUGUUGAAAGAAUGAGAAGUGCAAUAGUUGAUGGGAUUUCAGUUCAAUUUCUGCCUUUGCAAGUGAAUACUGGCUUAAGGCGUCCUCAUCCAUCUUUUCCUAACUUUCCUGCACCUGUCCAUCCUAUUCCUCAAGGUCGUGGAAGAGGGCAUCAAAGAGUUGUACCACGUGGAGGACAGUUGGAAGUAGCUGGUGUUGUUGUUGGGAGUUGGGGACCAAACUACGGUCAAGGUCCAAGAUCACCUAGCCGUAAUAUGCCACCUCAAGUGGUGUCUGUUGGUGGAGUUGGAAGGGGGAGGGGAAAUGCAAAUCAUGGAGUUGGACGAGGUUUGAAUGCAGCCAGAGGAACUUCACCUCCAACACGAUUAAGAGCUUCUCCACCUCUUGCUCGUAGGCCUUCUCCUCUUUUUGGAAUGGGCAGAGGAAUGCUUAUGCAUGGUGCUAAAAGAAACUCUGAAAUGGACUUUGACUUGUGAGUAUUAGAUGACUUCAUAGAAAACUAUUUGUUCAAAGUGAUAGCACCAUGAAUGGGUUAAAGCAAGUUUAUACAAUGAAGGUGGUAAAUUUAGCAUAUUUACAUCAAGACCCUGAUUUUCAUGGGAUAAGGAAGUAGCUUGACUGUCAAACCAUGAUUCUACAGUAUUAGGCUAAUACUGCAGUGGUUAGUGAUGACUCAGAUUUUUAAGCAUGCCCUCAGAUAUCAUUUAUGCUUGGAAUAUUAUCUUGCUGUCCCUUAAAGAUUUCAUUGCAAUGGACACAAAUAGCAUUAUUUAUUUCACGAAUAUUUAUAGUUGGGGACCCUUUUAUCUCCAUGUAUAUGAAGACAUAUUUUUCUAACGUGUUUCGCUUGCUGAGUGAAGAAAACCCCUUCUUCGAUGUCAAAGAUUCUUUAACUGCCCUUUAGGAUGGGUUCUAUUUUACCACUGCAUAGUAAAUCAUACUGUGAACAGCUGUUAUAUCUUUGUGCAAAGUACCAAAUGCUAACAGUUGUAAACACCACAUUACCUUGCUUGUGCAUUUAAUUCACCAACAUUGAUUGAAGUCAAAAAGUAAUUCACUAUAAAUAAAUGUUUUGAUGUGUAAAGUAUUUGUUGUAUUUGUCUCAAGCUUUGAACAUUUUGAAAGUAUACUUAAUAAGUUUGGAUCCAUAAUUUAUAAGUACCCAAAAGAUUUAAUAAAUAAAUUUGCAUGAUUCUAUAUAGAUGUGCUUAUGAAGAUUUUUUCAACAUUUUUAAAAAUUCAUGUAAGUUUCAGGACACUUUACGGACCAGAAAUCAUUGUGGAAAUUUAUUGAAAAUGUGCUUCAAAAGAUCAGAUCUUUCAUUGUACUAUUCAAUUUGUUUUCCACUAUGUUAAUUGUAAUGUUUAUUGUUUAAUAGGUUUUUAUUAUCUUAAAGUGUAAUAAAUGGAAAUGGUCUUUAUAAAAUUGUACUUUUUAGCAAUCUCUGUAAGGUUAUUGUUAGAGAUACUUAUUAAAUAUGUUUUUUAACCA